AUGAACGGGACAGAGGGCGAGAACUUUUAUGUGCCCUUCUCCAACAAGACAGGCGUGGUUCGCAGCCCAUUCGAGUACCCCCAAUACUACCUGGCCGAGCCCUGGCAGUUCUCCAUGCUGGCUGCUUACAUGUUCCUACUGAUCGUGCUGGGCUUCCCCAUCAACUUCCUCACACUCUAUGUCACGGUACAACACAAGAAGCUAAGGACACCCCUCAACUACAUCCUGCUCAACUUGGCCGCCGCCGACCUCUUCAUGGUCUUUGGGGGUUUCACCACUACCCUCUAUACCUCCCUGCAUGGCUACUUCGUCUUCGGGCCCACGGGCUGCAACCUGGAGGGCUUCUUCGCCACCCUGGGAGGAGAGAUCGCGCUGUGGUCCCUGGUGGUGCUGGCUAUUGAGCGCUAUGUUGUGGUGUGUAAGCCCAUGAGCAACUUCCGCUUCGGGGAGAACCACGCCAUCAUGGGUGUCGCCUUCACCUGGGUCAUGGCUCUGGCCUGUGCGGCACCGCCCCUUGCUGGCUGGUCCAGAUACAUCCCUGAAGGCCUACAGUGCUCAUGCGGAAUCGACUACUACACACUGAAGCCCGAGGUCAACAAUGAAUCCUUCGUCAUCUACAUGUUUGUGGUCCACUUCUCCAUCCCUAUGAUCGUCAUCUUCUUCUGCUAUGGGCAGCUGGUCUUUACUGUCAAGGAGGCUGCAGCUCAGCAGCAAGAGUCAGCCACCACCCAGAAGGCUGAGAAGGAGGUCACACGCAUGGUCAUCAUCAUGGUCAUCGCCUUCCUUAUCUGUUGGCUGCCCUAUGCCAGCGUGGCCUUCUACAUCUUCACUCACCAGGGCUCCAACUUCGGGCCCACCUUCAUGACUCUGCCGGCGUUCUUCGCCAAGUCCUCCUCCAUCUACAACCCUGUCAUCUACAUCAUGAUGAAUAAACAGUUCCGGAACUGCAUGCUGACCACCCUCUGCUGUGGCAAGAACCCCUUCGCCGACGAGGAGGCCUCCACCACUGUCUCCAAGACAGAGACCAGUCAAGUGGCACCAGCCUAA